AUGAAGCUCUUCGGUCUCAUCUCUGCCGCCCUCUUGAUGGGCUUCCCUUGUCUCGCUUCGCCUCUGGCCAAGCGGGACUUUGGACCGGUCACCAUCUACACCCCGCCUUCCACUUAUACGAACGAGAGGACCUUGUACGGUCGUCAGUUGAUGCUCAAAACUCAGGCUUCUGACAAUGGCGUACUCCUAGCCACUUGGGAGAACUACACCCCUGACAAGCCUUACUUCCCGAUCUACCGAUCCACCGACCACGGGUUCACCUGGAAGGAAAUCUCCCGGGUCCAAGAUACCGUUAACGGAUGGGGACUGAGGUACCAACCUCACCUGUACGAGCUCGAGGUCGAUUUCGCCGGGUUCCCGAAGGGAACGAUCUUGAUCGCUGGAAAUUCGAUCCCCAAGGAUUUGAGCAAGACGCAACUCGACCUUUAUGCUAGCAAGGACCGAGGUGUGACUUGGACUUUCGUCUCCCACAUCGCCAACGGUGGAGUUGCUCUCCCCAACAACGGCGAGACCCCCGUCUGGGAGCCUUUCCUCAUGAUGUACAAUGGACAGCUCGUCUGCUACUACAGCGACCAGCGAGACCCCGCCUAUGGUCAAAAGAUGGUCCACCAGGUCACCUCCGACGGCAAGAACUGGGGCGCCGUCGUCAACGACGUCCGAUACCCUACCUACACCGCUCGACCUGGAAUGCCCAUCGUCCACAAACUCCCUACCGGUUCUUACAUGAUGACCUACGAAUACGGCGGUGGUCCCGAUUACAGCGAUUACCAGUUCCCCGUGUACUACAAGAUCUCCAAAAACCCGUUGGCGUUCGACAGCGUUCAGGGGCGACCGGUCAAGACGACCGAUGGGUACGUACCCAAGGGAUCGCCCAGCAACAUCUGGACCUCGGUGGGAGGUGCCAAUGGUACGAUCGUCGUCAGCGCCGCCAGCAACGCCGAGCUGUACAUCAACCGCAAGAACGGAGAAGGACCUUGGACCGUGCUCAAGACCAACUCGCCCGCCGCUUACACGAGAUACCUGGACGUCGGUUUCAACCCCAAGGAUAUCGCCAUCAUCGCCGGAGGUCAACUUGGGCAAGGUUCUACCAACAAGGUCACCUUUACCGCUACCGACGUCAACGGGUGUACCACCUGCUCGUGA